UUCCAUUCCGCCACUCAGCGACGCCUGAUCUCAGCAUAGCCUCGGGCCCCUAGGCCCCCAAGUCCCCAGACGUGUCCCCCCGCCGAAGUCGUCGGGCGUGCAAAUAAACCCAACGGGGAAAAUAAUUAAACAAAUCUUGCAGCGAAAUUUGGUCAAUUGUUGAUUAUUUUUGUUGUUGUGUUCGCAAGUGUUUCAAAAAUAUUAAAAUCCCAAAAAUAAAUAAGCAACAAAAUAGUUCCAACCUAAUAAACCAUAAAAACUUGAACAGUUGAAUAUAUUAAAAACCAUCGAGCAACAAAAGAAGACAACAGCCGAACGCCGAAGGCCGGGCAGCCAUCCGCCAAAGGCCAUAGUUGGCGGCAGGUAUACUGUCUGCGGCGAUAUGACAGAUCAGCCAAGUACCGACGAGACCGGCGGCGGUGUCGCCACUCAUUUCUUCGCCCGCUUGAUGCGCCUCACCGGCGUGUCAUUAUCAUCGGCUGCUGCCGCUGCUGCAUCCAACUCCAUGCCAGAGCCCACCACAUCUUCGCUAAUGACAACCGAAUCGCCCACCACAGCCGCAGCGGAGCUGGCACCUUCCUAUCUCAUCGACCGGGUCACACAGGUGGCCCGUAUUGCCCUGGAGGUCACCACAACAGCAUCGGAGGUGCUGGCAGAGGCCCUCCCAGAGGUAGACACCAGCUUUGCCAAUGGUACUAUUCACGGAAAUCUAACAUUGGCCGCUGCGGCUGCCGCCAACUAUGAGAACUGUUCGGCCAUUUUUGCCAACUACACGCAACCAGAAGCAGGCAUCUACUGCAACUUCACUUGGGACACUCUGACCUGUUGGCCGCCAACUCCCGCCGGAGUCAUGGCACGUAUGCAUUGCCCAGCGGGCUUUCAUGGUGUCGAUCCGCGAAAGUUUGCUAUCCGCAAGUGCGAGCUGGAUGGCCGCUGGGGCACACGACCAGAUACCACAAAUAUGACAGCGGAAGCGAUUGCCGCUGGUUGGACCGACUAUGGACCCUGCUACAGACCUGAGGUGAUCCGCCUAAUGCAGCAGAUGGGCAGCAAGGAUAUUGAUCUCUAUAUUGAAAUUGCCAGGCAUACACGAACGUUGGAGAUCGUGGGCCUAUGCCUGUCGCUGCUUGCCCUGCUCGUCUCUCUGGUAAUCUUCUGUAGCUUUCGAUCGCUGCGAAACAACCGUACAAGGAUCCACAAGAAUCUAUUCGUCGCCAUGGUCCUUCAGGUGCUUAUCCGACUCACGAUCUAUCUGGACCAAUUCCAGCGCGGCAGCAAAUCCAGUGGCAGUUCCUCAAACUCUAGUAGUAGUCUCUCGGCGAUCGAGAAUACGCCAUAUCUAUGCGAGGCCUCCUAUGUCCUGCUGGAGUACGCCCGAACGGCCAUGUUCAUGUGGAUGUUCAUUGAGGGACUGUAUCUGCACAAUAUGGUAACGGUGGCCGUGUUCCAGGGCCAGUUUCCGCUCAAGUUCUUCUCGCGUCUGGGCUGGUGCGUGCCCAUCCUGAUGACCACAGUCUGGGCACGAUGCACCGUCAUGUACAUGGACACUUCGAUGGGUGAAUGCCUGUGGAACUACAAUCUGACGCCGUAUUACUGGAUACUCGAGGGACCCCGACUUGCAGUAAUUUUGCUGAAUUUCUGUUUCCUGGUGAACAUCAUCCGGGUGCUGGUGAUGAAGCUUCGACAAUCGCAGGCCAGCGACAUCGAGCAGACCCGCAAGGCAGUGAGGGCCGCCAUCGUCCUGCUGCCCCUUUUGGGUAUCACCAAUCUCCUGCACCAGUGGCCUGUACUCAAGUCGGCCACCAAUUUUGCAGUGUGGUCGUACGGCACACAUUUUCUUACCUCUUUUCAAGGCUUCUUCAUUGCUCUCAUCUACUGUUUCCUUAAUGGCGAGGUACGCGCUUGCUUGCUCAAGAGUUUAUCGAAUCAGUUAUCGCUGCGCGGUCAUCCCGAAUGGGCGCCAAAGCGGCCCUCAAUGUAUUCGGGGGCCUACAACACCGCCCCUGAUACGGACGCUGUCGGCCAACAGCCGGUGGCCGAUACGCAGGCGGCUACAGGAGGUUUACGAACGUCGCCGAUCAACAGGCGGCAGAACACUAGUGCCAGUAUCGUUAUGAUCCACGAACCCAACCACCGACAGCGUCUUGUGCAGCGAAACCACAACAACAACAACCAGGAGAGUCCACGCCGCCAAAGGGGGGAACGGACUGAUGAUGAAAACCGAAUCGGAAUUGCAGCUGGAGCCGGAGUCGAGGCUGAAGUCGUUGUAGUGCAGGACUCUGUCGGUGGUGCAGUGGGUAGGAAGCGCGAGACACGCAUACACGCUGGAACCAAGUGGAUGAUUUCCGGCCUCUGCUUCAGGGGUCAAAAGAACAAACGUGUGAUGCCCCCCAAAGCUUCCCAUGUAGCACAGCAAAUAUUUAUGACCUCGCAGCUGCCUACAUCAGCGAUGGCCCUCGCAAUUGUCACUGUAAGCGCCUCUCCAACAGUAAAAGAAACAGGAACAGAGACAGCUCCAAACACGGACGCAAAAACCGCAUGCCAUACCCUAUCCGCAUCCCCAGUGGUAGCUCAAAUACACACCGCACCCGGAACACCAGAAGCAUCCAAACUGUCUAUAAUAUCGGAGGCAAGGACAAAGAGAACUCCAAGGCAUCUUCAUGCAAACACAGCGUAAAGCUAUCUCCCGAGCAGACCUCUUGGUCUGUUUCGUUUUGGCAAAACGCAGCUGUCCCGUUAGCCCAGCUUAGCGUUGAAGUGAGCAACUGUUCUUGCAUUUCUUUUUCGUAUGCAAAAGGCACACAUGCUUUGAAAAGAACACACAACUGUACCAGCUUACGGCAAAGGCGAACCACUGUACUUUUUAAUGUUUUUCCGUAUGCAAAAUUCAUGGGCGUAGAAAAACACACAACUGUAGAAGCUUAGCGUAUGAGCGAGCAAAUAUAAAACAAGUGGUUUUGGGGAGAGUACUGUUCUUAUCAACAGUUCUUAUCAUUAUCCAAAAGCUGACUAAACUUUUUUGUAUGCAAAUCAACAAAAUCUCUGAAACAGAGUGACCGUUUCAUUUUGUCACUCUGCUGUUUCGAGAGAAACUGUACUUCGCCUUGAAGUACGGAAGAAACUGUACUAAAACUUUUUUUGUAAGCAAAGGCUUAGGCAACACAUGCAUCAAAAGAAUAUCGUUCGAUAUUAAUGCAUACCUAUACCUUUACAUUAUAUAUAUAUAUAUACUAAAUAUGUCUAUAUAUACAUAUACAGAUGUACAUACUUAUUUUGGUAUAUUUACCCCAUAGAUACAUACAUAUGCCGAAACCGAUGGAUCACAAUUCACAAUUCUUUUUUUUAUCGUGAAUAUGAACAUAUAGAAGAACCAACAUACAGAUAUGAAGUUGUGUGGAUAAAUUGAUGUAAUAUUGAUGUCAGGCACAUACAUACGUAUUGAUGUUAAUAUUAUUUUUUUGGAAAAUCUACAUAUAUACAUUAUCUAUAUAUAUAUAUAUAUAUAUGUAUAUAUAUAUAGUAUACAACAGAGAAAACAUAUUUACAUAAUAUUUACACUGCGCUACAUACAAGAAGAAAAAUCAAGCCUAAAAAACCUGAGAGGCAUUCAGUGCCAUUAAACGGUCGAUAGAGAGAGAGAGUGUGUUAGAGAGGCAGGAGAUUGAUCGUAUAUUGAAUUUAAAUGCAACAUGCAACACGAAAGUACAAAGCACGUGGAAUGAAAUGGGUCACAAGACGGAGGUUUAAGAGGACUUUGGAACAAUAUUCAACACUUUACAAUAUUUCACACGCUUAGAACACUCAUCAAACGGCUCAGUGGAUAUCAGUGCGCUUGAAUACUGAUUAUUUAAUUAACUCUAAGCUUUUUUUCUGCAUUUUAAUGGAAUGUGUGUGAAAUCUGCUGCUUUUUCACGUAUUGAUUUUCGUUUCGCUUUUGGCUAUGCUAAUGCAAAUUUCUCAACAAAAAAACAAAUAUUUAUAUGCUAUGAAUUCAAGCCGAAUUUAAACUACAAAAAACCAGAUCACCCAGUGGUCAAUGGUAUACUAUUACGUGUAUAAGUCUAAAUGGAAUAUAAAACUAUGAAUAAACAUGAUUUUGAAUGUAUACAUACUACUCCUAAACAACCAA